GGAUUUGGGGGCAGCGGCCAUGGGAGGGAAGGCUCCAGCCAGCCGGAGAGGCGGCUGGCAUAUAGAGGAGCCACUCGCCCUGUUUUGAAAGCGCGAGGAAGUUUGUCUGGGCAAUGGACCAGGGGCAGCACGCAGGAGAGGAGAGAGAGCCGUGCGCCCUCGAGGCAGCAGAGAUGCGGCUCUUUGCGCACUGACUGAAGGCCACUCUCUGGGGCGAGGGGAGCCAGGCAGGGGGUGGAUGUUUAGCCAGGUGGAGGAAGGAGAACCCAGCCACCUUCAUGGGGCACUGAAGGGGUGAGUCUCGCCGCCACCUCCCUCGGCGCACCGAUGGCCAGGUGAAAAAAAUGGCCCACUUUUAGCAGCGCUGGAUGGAAGCGAGGACUCCCUUCUCCAGGCUGCUGUGGAGCGGGGUGCGGGAAAAGGAUGUCCACUCCACGCUCCGGAGCCGCGAUGCUCUGUUCCCCGAGCCGCGUCCGGUGUCUCUGGGAUGCGCUGCUGGGAUGUGGCGCGACCCUCUGAGCUCCAUCCUCGAGGACCAGAGACGUCUGGCAAGCUGCGCCUCUUCACCUGCAAGGCCUGUCGAAGUCGAACCUCCCUCGCUCGCUUGCUUGUUUCGGUAGAAGCGGCUCGGACUGGGUCGUGGGGGUCGCAGUUCUCCUCAGGGGGAGGAUCAUGAAAGGUGAGUCGGAGGCAGCGACGCUGCUGUGUUCCACUGAGCUCUUUGUCGCUUCCGCUGCAAGAGAAAACGGUGGCGACCCUUCUGGAAAUGAAAGAAAGGUCACCCUUUAGUGAUCUGAGGUUUGUUUAGAAUUGACGCAGCUCUUCAGAGCCACAGUUACAUUGCCGUCAACUUUUCCCUUUUCUUGCGAGGAAUCCUAUUCGGAAUAAGGGGAUUUCCCUAAAAAAAGGGGGGAGGAAACGUUGACAGCUAUGCAGUUAUGAUUUGUCACCUGCCCUGAGGUUCGCACUGGAGAAUGCCCCGCUGGACAUUAACGAACCUGGGCAAAGGCGUAGUAGAUCUGUUUGGAUUUUCUGCCUUGCGCGUCCAACUGACUUGGGCUGGCCGGGAUUGAACGCAUGGCACCCGCUGUGAGAGGAGUCCUGGGUGCACUUCUGAGCCUGAAAUCUUGUGGUUGACUCUACAGACAUGAUGCCAGCCACAGUCAACAGCUUGUAGUGCCCAGGUCAAAGGAAGGAAUAGUCCCACUCUAUUCUGCCUUGAUCAGACCCCACCUGGAGUCCUGUGUCCAGUUCUGGGCACCACAAUUUUAGGAGGAUAUUGAGAAGCUGAAAGGUGUGCAGAUGAGGGCGACCGAGAUUAUAGAGGUUCUGAAAACCAAGCCUUACGAGGAAUGGUUGGGGAUGCUUUAGCUGAGAUUGCUGCAUUGAAGGGGGGUUAGGCUAGAUGACCCCUGGGGUCCCUUCCAACUCCACAUUUCUAUAAUUCAUAUCUUCCCUGUCAUUUCUUACGAAAGGCUGUGUUUUGAUGUAUUCCUCCCCCAAAAAAACCCCAGCUUCGAUCCAAACUGGGCAAAAGAAAACCCCAGCUGCGUUUUAAUAUGGCGAUGUGCCCACAGCCUAAAUCUCCCAGGCGCUGAAUUCAAAAUGAGCGUCCCCUUUGCAAAUGCCGGAGACCCCGAGAUGUUUGUCCGAGAAGGGCAAUGCAGAGGGAGACUGGGCGAGGAAGGCAGUCAGGAAUUGCUACUAGGGGUCUGAAGGAACACAAGAGGCGGGGGUGGGGAGGGGGAAGUGGGCGGGAGAGGCGGGGCCGGUGGGGUUACGCAGAGGGCUCACAGCUCUGGCUACAACAGCGGCUCAUUGCUUGCCUUCCAGUCCUCAGGACAUCCACCCACCCCCCUCCCACUAUUUUUUCUUUUCGUCUGACUUCAGAGAUCAAACGUACAGCUCAGAUUUCAGAGUGCAAAUUACCAGAAAAACAGAUGGAGGGGACUGGACGGGACUGUUUCUCGUCUGUGCGCAAGACGCAUCGUUUAGCGCUGAUGGUCAUAAUUGCGGGCUUGAAACUUGACCCCGCAAAUGUCGCUGGGUUCCUGGUGCAGGAAAUUGCAGAAGCGCCGUUUGAAUCUGCUCUUGGCCCAGGCAGCUUCUCAGUCCUGAACAUGCCCUGAAGUUUCCUUUUCCCUCGCUCUCAUCCUGCAAGCGCCACCCUCUGGGAUUGCUGCGGGCCGGUUCUGCCGCCGUGGAGUCACAGAAUUGUAGAGUUGGAAGGGACCCCCAAAGGUCAUCCAUUCCAACCCCUACAGUACAGGAAUCACAGUUGAAGAAUGCCUUAAUCCGAGGUUUCAAAGCAGAGGUUGGGUGGCCAUCUGUCAUGGAUGCUUCAGCUGAGAUUCCUGCAUUGCAGAGGGUUGGACUAGAUGCCCCUUAGGGGUCCCUUCCAACUCUACAAUCACAACCUGACUUGUGGGAAAAUAAACCCCACAUAAAGGUAAAGGUAAAGAGACCCCUGACCAUUAGAUGCAGUCGUGGCCGACUCUGGGGUUGCAGCGCUCAUCUCGCUUUAUUGGCCGAGGGAGCCGACGUACAGCUUCCGGGUCAUGUGGCCAGCAUGACUAAGCCGCUUCUGGCGAAGCAGAGCAGCGCACGGAAACACCGUUUACCUUCCCGCUGGAGCGGUACCUAUUUAUCUGCUUGCACCUUGACGUGCUUUCGAACUGCUAGGUUGGCAGGAGCAGGGACCGAGCAACGGGAGCUCACCCCGUCGCGGGGUAUCGAACCGCCGACCUUCUAAUCGGCAAGCCCUAGGCUUUGUGGUUUAACCCACAGUGCCACCCACGUCCCCCCAACCCCACAUACCUGGGAGUAAACUUACUGAUUUCAAUAGGACUUCUGAGUAGAGCAGACAUGGUUAGAAGUGCACUGUAUGUAUUUAUUGUUGCAUUUUGUGGCCUAUGUAGGCAUGCAUUCUCUCUCUCUCUCUCUCUCUCUCUCUCUCUCUGUGUGUGUGUGUGUGUGUGUGUGUGUUUGUCUUACAUACAAAAAGACGCCCUGACCUACAUCCUAGUGUUUAGACAUGAAUGCAGCGCAGAACUAGGGCAUCAUCAGAUAGCGUGGAUGGGGCAGUCAGUGGGAAUUCCUAGUCAUUAGGAAGACAAUGGACUCAACUGGCUGGGAAAGUCUCAUAACAAACCGAAGAAGAGCGCUGCUGGAUGAGGCCACUGCCCAGCAUGGUCUUCUCACAGCGACCAACCUGAUGCCUCAAUGGGAAGGAGGAUCAGAGCCCAAGAUCCCCCCUCCCCUUUCCGGCAAGUGGGAGGCAGAAGCAUUAUCAUGAAUGGCCUCUGUUGUAAACAAAAUCUGCCUUUAUUCCCUUAUGGGGGACACAAGAGCCCAUAUAGAGCACUUACGUAGGUUCCCUAUUGGUAGGAGAAAAUAACAGAGGCCAACCAGAGAAUAUUGAGAAGCAAAGCAACUAGUAAGACUGAUCUUUAUUACUCUGUUGCAACAGGGUCCUCUCUCACAACGCGCAGGAGGGAAGAGGAACCCAGAGCCCAGGUGUGCCCGCCCUUAUAUAGACAUUUUAAAUUCCCUGCCCUGGAGCUCAAGACCACACCUCCAUACAUCAUACCUACAUCACAGAAAAGGCGGUCUACAGCAGAAAUCUGAGUGCGUUAUUUAUCUCAUCUGACAGGUUACCUGUUAAUGCUCACUUGAUUGGAUACCCUGGGGAGACUGGCCAGUCUUCUGUAAUGAUAAAUACUUAGUUCCUGGGCCAUGUCACAGGCUCACACCCUAUUCAAACACAGACAUACCCUUAAGACAGGAUUUGUGAAGGAAAAGACAAUGGGGAGGCUUUUCCAUUUUCCUUUGACCUUGCAGAGAAAACAUUUGGUCAGUCUGGGAAUCAAAAUUGGUUUCAGGUCGGUCUUCCUGUGCUGAUCUAUGUAUGUGCUUGGUUGGUACAUUAUAUAUCUAAGACCUUAAAAUUCUUAUCACAAUUUAUAUCCUCCUCCACAAAUCUGUCUAAUCCUCUUUCAAAGCCAUCUAGGUUGGCUGCCAUCACUGCCUCCUGUGACAGGGAGUUCCAUAGUUUAACAAUGUGCAGCGUGAAGAUGAAGUUUCUUUUAUCUUUCCCAAAUCUUCCAGCAUUCAGCUGCAUUGGAUACUUGCAAUGUCUCCUUUUUGCAAAGGAAUGGGAGUUGGGCAACCAGACCAGACCCUAAGUCAUUCUUCCAGAUCUGUGGAUUCCAGCCCCCUGCCCUAACCCAGAUGAUAUUCAGAACAAUCCCUGUUUCUUUGCCUUAAAAGCUGCUCCUGUCCAAACAAAGAUUCGGAGCUCUCUUCGUCUUGCAAGCACUGCAGAGCUUCAUUUUUGGCUAACAGAACCCCGUCAUUACCAGAUCCCCAACCCGGAGUUUACAAUAAAUAAAUAAAUUAAAGGCCUGCAUCUCGCGAACUCACCAGUCCUGGGAGUUUAAGCUAGCAAUCAUCUCAUUUCCAAAUGGAGGGCCUGGUCCUUCCUUGCUCUCCUUCAAAGGCCUCCUGGAGUUCACCCUGAUUUUUGUGGACAACCUUCCAUGCUAUAAUCACUCAGAAGAGAGACAAUCUGCAAUUAUGCUGGGGAAGUGGAAGGGCUGAGUAUUGGGCUGGAGUUUGAUGAGCAUUUGUGCGGAUCCCAGACUGGGUUUGGAGCUUAUUAGUUUGAUGAUGAUGAUGAUAAUUUGGGGCAAAUAAAGGGGUAUGUGACAGAGGUUUAGAAAACUAUUCACAGGCAUGGGGAGAAUAGGCAGAGAAACCUUUUCCUCUUCUCAGCUCCUAAAGCUAGACCCCUGUGAGAAUCAUGUAGCCAAGCAGGCAGAUUCACACUGUUAGUGGAGAAAUCUGAGGGCUCCCUUGGACAAAAAACAACGACACCAGCCAGGAAUACCAAAGCAAAACAGCAGCCAGUAGGCUUGGUCUUUACUGAGGACUGUUGCGACAGGACUCCCACCUGCCACCAGGUGGAACAAGAUGGAAGCCCCGAACAAAAGAGCCCCCAGACUUUUAUUAGCUGCUAAUCCCCAAGUUGGGACGCGGGUGGCGCCGUGGGUUAAACCGCAGAGCCUAGGACUUGCCGAUCAGAAGGUCGGCGGUUUGAAUCCCCACGACGGGGUGAGCUCCCGUUGCUCGGUCCCUGUUCCUGCCAACCUAGCAGUUCGAAAGCACGUCAAAGUGCAAGUAGAUAAAUAGGUACCACUCCAGCGUUUCCGUGCGCUGCUCUGGUUCGCCUGAAGUGGCUUAGUCAUGCUGGCCACAUGACCCGGAAGCUGUACGCCGGCUCGCUCGGCCAAUAAAGCGAGAUGAGUGCCGCAACCCCAGAGUCAGCCACGACUGGACCUAAUGGGCAGGGAUCCCUUUACCUUUACCUAAUCCCCAUGUUACACCCCUCCCAAACCACAUCACUCAUACAUCACGGUUACAUCAUGAAAGGGGAGGUCUGGUGGCAGGAAUCUGAGCAUCCUGGACCCUGCCCCAUGGUUCCCCUUGCCCUCCACCAAACACCCAUCAAGUGUAACAAAAGAGAUAUCUACAUUUCCCUGUUUCCCAGCCUUUUGUCUUCAUCCAGGUUCAUGAUUUCUGGAAUGGCUACCUGUCUGGCACUCAGGUAUCAGGAUGCCAGGAAUAUCACUCAGGCAGAGGGGCUGCUGAGGAGCUGAGCUCACAUAUCUAUAUGAAUUUCUGAAGUUUUCCCAGUGAGCCAGUACAUAAAUACAUUUAUCAGUGAAUUCUUACCUUUGGUAUCGUGCAGCAGAGGCCCUUUGAAUAGAUAGGAAGAAACUGUGAUGGGGUGUUUUGUGGAGACAAAUCACAAAAGUCACAAAAGUGAUUGCGCUGGUUUUGGUAGUGGGCUGCAUGUGCAUGAGAUCUGCUGGAGGGGCAACCCCCCCUCCACCUAUUCUUGCAACAACAAUUCCGUUCUUGGAUGGUCUCUUCCAACAUGGCAGCUCUAUGAUUCACACGGCGCUUUGGAAUUCAACACCACAAAUUCCUGUGGCGUCUAGUAAUUUUUAUGGCUUUAAAGUCAGAUUAGACAAAUUGAAUAAGGCUAUCACUUUCUAUGCCUCCAGGCAGAGAAGCAACUUGGCCCUUUUCCUGAAACAACUCAUUUGGUAGGAGGAAUAGAAUUGUAGCACUGGAAGGGAUCCCCAGAGGUCAUCUAGCCCAAUCGCAGGAAUCACAGUGAAAGAAUCCCCAACAGAUGGCUAUCCAGCCUCUGCUUGAAAACCUCCAAGGAACGAUAGUCCAUCACCUUACGAGGGAGUCUGUUCCUGUGCAAGCAAGCUUUCGAGCUGCACAGGUCUCUUCAUCGGGCACAAUGGGAAACACAACUAGAUCACAGGUACUCCUUUGGCAGAUCCUUUCCACAGGGUGCAGCGUAUGCCUCUGACUUUGGACCCCAAAUCUCCAGGGUGCCCCUCGGCGCUAAGAUUUUCACCUGGCAGCCCUCGGUCCUUCAGAUGGCAAAUAUUUGCUUGCCUUCGCCGCAGGAGGAUAAAUGCGGGUGCCAGGUCUGCUGCUCUGGAAAACAGCCUGCCCCUGGCCAGACUGCUUCUCCCUUCCCCUUGUUGAUGUAAGGGAAGAUGGGGGUUUCAUAAGCUGUUGACCCAAGGAAGCCCGUCAGAUGUUGAAAGGCUCUUUGCAAACCCCUUUGCUGGAUUGAUUUCGAUCCACAUCAAAGUCCGGGCACUCAAGCCCACGGUAACCAUGAGAAUGCCAAGGGGGCGCAAGGCCUGGGCGAACACAACGCCCACCCUCUGGGCAGCCACCUGGGAGAGGCUAAGACAGGGGCUCCUGUCUCAGGUGUGUAGGGCAGCGAGGAGGGACAGCACCAGCACCUGGCAAUCUGGGGCAUCUUUCUGCAGGGCUUGCAAGACAGAGCUGUUCCGCCUGGCCUUUGGUUUGGACUCAGUCUGACCCUUAUGUUUCCCUCCCCUUACGGUUUUGAUUUAUGGGCUACUAUCAAAAUGAGGCUGCAUUUAAAUUGCAUUUUAACCUGUAUUUUAAAUUGGCUUUUUCCCUAUUAUGUUUUUACUGUAAUUUUACUGGGGUUAGCCGCCCUGAGCCCGGCUCUGGUCGUGCAGGGCGGGGUAUAAAUAAAAAUUAUUAUUAUUAUUAUUAUUAUUAUUAUUACUACUAUUAUUAUUAUGACACGGGUGGCGCUGUGGGUUAAACCACAGAGCCUAGGACUUGCCGAUCAGAAGGUCGGCGGUUCAAAUCCCUGCGACGGGGUGAGCUCCCGUUGCUCAGUCCCUGCUCCUGCCAACCUAGCAGUUCGAAAGCACGUCAAAGUGCAAGUAGAUAAAUAGGUACCGCUCUGGCAGGAAGGUAAACGGCGUUUCCGUGAGCUGCUCUGGUUCGCGAGAAGCGGCUUAGUCAUGCUGGCCACAUGACCCGGAAGCUGUACGCCGGCUCCCUCGGCCAAUAAAGCGAGAUGAGCGCCGCAACCCCAGAGUCUGCCACGACUGGACCUAAUGGUCAGGGGUCCCUUUACCUUUGCCUAUUAUUAUUAUUAUUAUUAUUAUUAUUAUUAUCAUCUGCCAGGGCCCAGUACUGAUGCCUGCCCCUGACCUCAUAAGAUCCCGCUGGAUCAGGCCAAAAGCCCAUCUACUCCAGCAUCUCUUCUCAGCAUGGCCAACCAGAUGCCCCAAUGGGGAACUCAGCCUGUUAUGUACUGAAGUUCUCACCCUGGGCCAGCAGGGAGAUACUGUAGAUAGUUCAGGUCCAAAUAUGCAAAUAAGGGAUUGAAAGUGACAUUCAGUGAUUGGGUAGUUACAGAAAGUUGUUACUGUUGCGUUGUAGUGGAGCUCUAUAUAAGCAGGCUGGCUGAACCCUUCAGUUCAGUUCUGUUCUGGCCUGUGAAUAAACAAGAGCUGUUUGAAGAAUCGCUGUGUCGUCUGAUAUGUUCACCCACAACUUAACACAGCCAGCAGGAUCCGAGCAGAUCAGCAUCACUCUCCCCUCCUGUGGUUUCCAGCAACUAGUAUUCAGAAUUGUUGCUGCUGCUGACUGUGGAGGACAGGGCACAGCUAUCCUGGAUAGUAGCCUUCCAUAUCCCUCCUCUCCAUGAAAUUGCCCAGUCCUCUUUUAAAGCCGUCUAGGCUGGUGGUCCUCACUGCCUCCUGUGGAAAGGAGUUCCAUAGUUUAAUAAUAAUAAUAAUAAUUUAUCUAUUUUCUUUAAAAAAUCAUUUUUAUUAAGUUUCCCAUUUUAGCAAUCCAAUCAAACCACAUUGAAUGUUCCAAAUUAUACAAAUACAUAUCAAAUAGUCCAAAUAUUCUGCCUAAAUUGUAAUUUUUUUGUUGGGACUUCCCAUGCUUCAAGUUCUGAGGGGCUCUGAUCGUCUCAUAUCUCUGCUGCCUUGGAUAGUCUUUCCAAUAGUUCCUUUAAAUCUUCCUAUUGUUAACCUUCCUUCUUUCAUGGCCUCUGAGUUGUUUCCACAAGCGAGUUGAAAUAAGCAAUGAUAAUAAUAAUAAUAAUUUAUUAUUUAUACCCUGCACAUCUGGCUGGGUUUCCCCAGUAACUCUGGGCGGCUUCUAACACUAAAAACAGAGUAAAACUUCAAACAUUAAAAACUUCCCUCAACAGGGCUGCUUUCAGAUGUCUUUUAAAGAUGGGAUAACUGCUUAUUUCCUUCACAUCUGAAGGGAGGGUGUUCCACAGGGGGGGUGCCACCACCGAGAAGGCCCUCCGCUGGUUCCCUGUAACUUGGCUUCUCGCAGCGAGGGAACCGCCAGAAGGCCCUCGGAGCUGGACCUCAAUGUCCAGGCUGAACGAUGGGGGUGGAGACGCUGCUUCAGGUUUAAUUCUGUGCUGCGUGCAGAAAUCGUUUUAUCUCUCCCGAAAACCCCAACAUUCAGUUUCAUUGGAUUCCAACUCCACCAUUCUAUGAUUCUUUGAGUCUCUUGGUUUGUCCUUUUAUUUUUAUUUUCUGGCUCAGAAACGUCCGCCAGUCUUGCGUUGCUGACAGAGCAAGUCAAACCAUCUCUUUUUAAUUUUUUAACCCUAGUAGGCACUUGGAGGGAUGGGUCUGAAUUUGUGACUGGUGAUUAUUUGUUUCACCCCUCAAACUGAGACAUUGGUUUGCUGCUAAUGGAUUCCAUCAGCCUCCAGCAAGCGGGCGCCAUUCAGAAUCUUUGAACUACAACUCCCCGGGGCCAUCUGUUUAGCACCCAGGUUUAUGUAUGUAUUUAUUUCACAAAAUUUAUACACCACUUAAAAACAACUCUGUAAGUCAUUCAUAAUAUAGAAUCACCAAUCAACUAAAAACAGAUUUUUAGAAGUCCACAUUCUGCAUGUCUGGAGAGGCUUGCCUAAGCAAAAAUGUUUUUAGCCGGUGCUUGAAAAAAGCACAAGGAGAGCGUUUGCCUGGUGUCAAGUGGCAGGGAGUUCCAAAUUGAUUCACUCCCCGCUGGCAUCUGCAGGAAGGGCUUGCCUGAAACCCCGGAGAGCCGCUGCCAACCAGUGUGUACAAGCCUGACUCAACAUAAAGCCGUUUCCACUAUUCCUGUACAUUGUUGUAAACAAAAAUUGCCCUUUUCCCUUAUGGGGUAUCCAAGAGCCCAUAUAGAGUCCUUACGUAGGUUCCCUAUUGGGAGGAGAGAAUAACAGAGGCCAACCAGAGAAUAUUGAGAAGCAAAGCAGCUAGUAAGCUGAUCUUUAUUGAUCUGUUGCAACAGGGUGCUCCCCUCACAUGCAGGAAAGGAGGAGGACCCAGAAAAAUGGCAUGCAAGGCCUUAUAAAGACUUUUGAAAUUCCCAUCCUGUAGAUCAAGACCACCCGCAGAAACAUCAUACAUACAUCACAGAAGGGGUGUAACCUAAGACCACCCCUCAGAUACAUCAUACCUACAUCACAAAAAAGGCGGUCUAAAUCAGAAAUUUAAAUAUUGUUUUUCUCCUGUCCUUGUUUAUCUCCUGUCCAGCAGGUUACUUGAUUGGAUUUCCUGGGUAGCCUGGCCAGUCUUUUGUAGUGAUAAAUACUUAGUUCCUGGGCCAGGUCACAGGCUCACACCCUAUUCAUGCACAGACAUACCCUUAAGACAGGAUUUGUGAAGGAAAAGACAAUGGGGAGGCUUUUCCACUUCGACCUUGCAGAGAAAACAUUUGCUCAGUUUAGGAAUGAAGACCGGGAAGACCAUUUUGGUUCCAGGUCGGUCUUCCUAUGCUGAUCUAUGUAUGUGCUUGGUUGGUACACUUAUGAACAUUACCAUAUAUCUAAGACCAUAAAAUUCCUAUCACAACAUUCUGGGACCGAUCAGAUUUGCAGUUCGAAACAUCUGGGAGACGCCAGGUUGGGGGAGACUGGCUUAUGUUGCUUUCAAAUAUAAGGCGUGAGUUGCAUUUCUGAUUUGGCUUUGAGGUGUUUCAUUGUUUUUUUAUGGCCCUAUCGCCAGCCCCCCUCGGCUUUAUGGAGCCAUGAGGCAGGAUCAAGAGGGAAAGGAAAAAUCAAUAGCAGACGGUGCUGAAAUAAACUGUGCCCCGAGUGCCUUUGGAAAUGAAACCUUCCCCCUCACCCAUAGCUGCCUUAUACAAGGCCGGACCAUUGGUCCAUCUAGAAUCAUAGAAGUGUAAAGCUGCAAGGGACCCCCAAAGGUCAUCCAGUCCAACCCCCUGCAAGGCAGGAAUCUCGGCUAGAGCACCCAUGACAGAUGGCCCUCCAAUCUCUGCUUAAAAACCUCCAAGGAGAAUUCACAAGGGAGUCUGUGCUACUGUUGAACAGCUCUUACUGUCAGAAAGUUUUUUCCAUGUGUUGAGUCGUAAACUCCUUUCUCGUCACUUGAAGCCAUGGGUUCGAGUCCUACCCUGCAGAGCAGGAGAAAAUCUUUAUUAUUAUUUUUAAUUAUUUAUUGAAUUUAUAUAGCACCCAGUACCUGGAGGUCCCUCUUCCAUGUGACAGCCCUUGAGAUAUUGGAAGAUGGCUCUCCUAUCUCCUCUCAGUGUCCUCUUUUUCCUUCUAAACAUACCCAACACCUAAUGAUGGGAGACUGCUAUAAUGUCAGCUGCUUUUUCCAAUUUAUUUAUUUUUAUUUUUUAUUUAGUCUUCAGACCAGCAGCGGCUAGUUUAUCAAAUGUUAGCUAUCCUUGUCUUCCCCACCCCACCCCCCAGAAGCAGAACUUUUCUUUUUUCUUUUUUCUUUCUGCAAAUUCUUGUACGCUGUGAUGGCUUUGGUGAUUUCUUCCUUGUAACAACCCACAAAAUUAGGAGAGGGGUCUCUCCCCUCUCCCACCAAAGCAGCUUAACCCCAACACGUAAACCAACUUUGUCACCAGGGAAACAUUUGGUAAUUACACAUUUCAUUCCCUUUUAAAACUUUUUUAGAAUAAUAAUUAUAUAAUAAUAAUUUAUUAUUUAUACCCCACCCGUCUGGCUGAGUUUCCCCAGCCACUCUGGGCAGCUUCCAAUCAAGUGUUAAAAACAAUACAGCGUUAAAUAGAAGAUGUAAUUAACUGCAAAACACACAAACAAAGCAAUGCAGAUUCUGUGUGUGUGUGUGUGUGUGUGUGUGUGUGUGUGUGUUUUACAGGAAGUUGUAAAAAGAGGUUUAAAUGGGUAUUUCUGAACUAUUAAUCAGUUUCAACGGCUGCAGCAUAUGGCACUGUCUUACCUUAAUUCUCCCUAAAUUCUGCUUUUGACUAGGCAUGAAAAACUAAAUUCGCAAAUACAAUGCAAACAAACAUACCCAAUCCCCUCCCCAACCGUUCCUCACACACAUGGGCGCCAACUCCUAGGGGCUGAAGUCCGUUCGCCCUCCCCCCAAAAAAAUAUUUCAGGUGUCCGGGGGCCCCCAAGACUGAUGGACAUUGCCCUUCAAAUGGUGCGUGUGUCCCGUGUCAUGUCCUUGAUUAUGUGGGGUGGGGUUUGCCUGGGCCCCCCAAUAUUUUAUUCAAGUUGGCACCCCUGCUCACCCACAAUACUGUGCGCCCCUACCUAGCAGCCAGGUGGCAUUAGCACAAAGGAGCCCCUCAUUUAGUUGCGUCUCUCGCAUCCUGGCUCCCUCUUUUGAGAUGUUGAUGACGACACUCAAAGGGCCAGCAAAAGUCCUUGUUGUGUAAGGAAACGAACACAGGAAAUAGAAGGGGGGACACAGGGCAUCAUCUAGACUGACCCCCCUACCCCUACCCACAACAGUGUGUAUGUUUGUAAACCAUAAUCCUAGCUGCUUUGGGUGAAGAACCCGUUCUGAGGACUCUUGAAAUCUUUCGUCUGUCUUCUUCAUCCCUCGAUGGCCGAGGUCUCUGCCAGCUCUUAUUCUCCUUGUCAGAGUGCCCGGCUUGCGGCUGGCAAAGAAAUCCCUGGUGCGCCCUCAUCUCUUAAAUGAACCACAGCGUCCAAGAAACACAGCGUCUUUCCCCCGAAGCAUCCCGCUUGUACUUGGCCAUCUAGCGCUUUCGAAAAAGGCUGGAAGCCUCAAGGGAAGUGGGUCAGAAGGCGGUUCCUGACCAGAAAUUCAGAGUAGGUUGAUUGGCAUCUGUCUGUCUCAGGAGACAACGAAGGAGAGCGCAUUCUGGGGUGAAGUCAAACCGUCGGAAGGUUGCAGGACCUGCUGUGGCUGUAGAGAGCGAUACAGGAGAGGCAUGCUCAUGUAUGGUGGGGAUGUGAUAAAAUUAAGAAAUUUUGGGGAAAUAUACAUGAGGAACUGAAAAAAAAGGUUUAAAACAACAAUUGGUAAGAAGCCGGAAACAUUGCUUUUAGGAAUUAGAACAAAUGACAUCCCAAAAGACAUGCAGAGAAUCUUUUUAUAUGCAACAGCUGCCGCAAGGUUAUUGAUUCCAAAAAGUGGAAAUCAGAAGAAGUACCAACAUUGAAAGAUUGGCAAAAUAAUUUUUUUGAAAUGAUUGAAUUAGCAAAAGUGACAGCAACAAUCAGAAUGCAAUCUAAUCGAAAUCUCAAACAGGAAUGGAAAUGUAUAGAAGAAUACAGGACCGAAAGAUGCUCCAACAAGAAUUUAUUGAUAUGUAUAGACUGAUUUCACAAAGUUAAGUUAAGUUAAGCUAAGCUAAGCUAAGCAGAUAUAUAAGAUUGUAAUUUUGUAUCUUAAUAAUUAAACAUUCACUCGAUGGCCCUUGUGGUCUCUUCCAACUCUAUGAUUCUAUGAAUCUCAAUAAUAAAGUUACAAAACAAUAACAAGGAAGUCACGCAUGAUUGGAGGGGGAGACAGGGCAAGAAAUGGAUAAAUGUUGGUACAUAAUGAAAUGUGAAAAUGUGAAUUUACGAAUAUAAUGUAUAUGUAUCAAUAUGUAAAGAUUUCAUAUAUGUAUUGCAACAUUAAUAAUAAAUAAAUUAAGUGCAAAAACAACACAGGAGAGGCAUGUUCAGAGGCGGAGCUAGCUGCUUCUUGACAUGUGACGGGAGGGCAUUCCACAGGGCGGGCGCCACCACCGAAAAGGCCCUCUGCCUGAUUCCCUGUAACCUGGCUUCUCGCAGUGAGGGAACCACCAGAAGGCCCUCGGUGCUGGACCUCAGUGUUCGGGCAGAACAAUAGGGGUGGAGACGCUCCUUCAGGUAUACUGGACCAAGGCCAUUCAGGGGUUUAAAGAUCAGCACCAACACUUUGAAUUGUGCUCAGAAACGUACUGUGAGCCAAUGCAGAUCUCUCAGAACUGGUGUUAUAUGGUCCUGGCGGCCGCUCCCAGUCCCCAGUCUAGCUGCCGCAUUCUGGAUUAAUUGUUUUGUUGCAGCCGGAGCAGAGGAAAGCAUCCGGUUGUGCUGCUGCAGAUACAGCAUGGCGAUUCUUCUCUCUGCGCUCCUCCCAGCGGUCAUUUCUUUGCUCACUGGUAUGGGUGCACAGCCUGACUGCCAGUUUCCAGGCAAUGCGGUUGUCUACAAGGGAUUCUCCCGGGGGGCAAGGGUGACGCUGCCAGCCUUCGUGUUGAUGUUUGCACACAUCUUUGUAAUGCAGAGGUGGUCUGGUGCCAGAGGCCAGCACAGAGGUGUAGGGGGAUCGUUCCCCUAAUGAAAAGUUAAUCUAGAUGCCCAACUGAUCUCUCUCAACUGAGAUAUUUAAUUGCUUUGUACAAGGCUGCUCUUAAAUCCUCAUAGACAGGGCAAACAGGUUAGUAGUGGACAGCAGCUUAAAAAGCAGAGACAUCACGUUGCCAACAAAGGUCCAUAUAGUUCAAGCUCUGGUUUUCCCAGUAGUGAUGUAUGGAAGUGAGAGCUGGACCAUAAAGAAGGCUGAUUGCCGAAGAAUGGAUGCUUUUGAAUUCUGGUGCUGGAGGAGACUCUUGAGAGUCCCAUGGACUGCAAGAAGAUUCAACCUCUCCAUUCUGCAGGAAACCAGCCCUGAGUGCUCACUGGAAGGACAGAUCCUGAAGCUGAAGCUCCAAGACUUUGGCCACCUCAUGAGAAGAGAAGACUCUUUGGAAAAGACCCUGAUGUUGGGAAAGAUGGAGGGCCCAAGGAGAAGGGGAACACAGAGGACGAGAUGGUGGGACAGUGUUCUCGAAGCUACCAGCAUGAGUUUGACCAAACUGCGGGAGGCAGUGGAAGACAGGAGUGCCUGGUGUGCUCCAGUCCAGGGGGUCACGAAGAGGCGGACACAACUAAACAACAAGCUAGUGGAGUAGGCUCCAGGCACUUUAAUGCCACGUGCACAAACUCUCGCUUCAUAGGGGAUCCGGCAAUCCUUCAGCUAAGGCCAAGGGCACAGAGUGGAGAUGCAGAGCUGUAAAGGCUUUUCUCCAUUCAACAUUUUCAGUGCUGGUUGUAAAGUGAGGGCGAGGGUCCGAAGGCGUCGUUUGGCAUGUCAAGGGGACAGAUGGUUUGUUUAAAAAGGUUUAACACCGUGCCCCUUUUGUGGUGUAGUGGUUAAGAGCGGUAGUCUCGUAAUCUGGGGAACCGGAUUCGUGUCUCCGCUCCUCCACAUGCAGCUGCUGGGUGACCUUGGGCUAGUCCCACUUCUCUGAAGUCUCUCAGCCCCACUCAUCUCACAGAGUGUUUGUUGUGGGGCAGGAAGGGAAAGGAGAUUGUUAGCUGCUUUGAGACUCCUUCGGGUAGUGAUAAAGCAGGAUAUCAAAUCCAAACUCUUCUUCUUCUUCCAUGGAAGCAGCUGAUCCCAGCACUUUGUCCUUCUUAUUUUUUAACAAAACAAUGUUUUCAUUUUGUAUUUCAGAGGAAGACCUCAUUGGAGAAGACGACGAGAUGCCAUCCUUCAGAUACAGGCCAAAUGGUAAGAGCAGCUGGGCAGAGAGUGUGUUAGAGCCCAAAAAGAAGAGUGUGUGUGUGUGUGUGUGUGUGUGUGUCUGUGUACGAUUGCAUGCUUGUAAGCGGUGAUGCUAAGAGAAGGAACAUAUAUAAAAGUAUUGGGCAUUUGAAACAUGCCACAGCGUGCGGGCAGAGUAGACUAAACGGAUGGAAUCACUGAAGAGACGCAAAAAUAUAUUUGCAUGGUUUAAUAACAAAACUCCUUUAACAUACAUCUGCCAUAGUGUCUAUAAUCACCACCCAUCCAUUCACCAGGGGAGAGUAAGGUACAUAUUGCACAUUAUGUAUCAUUCACAAUUUCUGACACAGCUAAUUACAGUGACUUAUCAGCACCUGCUACACUGCUAAACAGCUGUGAAAAUUAGGUCAGGAUAUGCACUCCUACUUUUAAAGAAGGGGAGGGAAACAUAAGGGUCAGACUGAGUCCAAACCAAAGGCCAGGCAGAACAGCUCUGUCUUGCAGGCCCUGCGGAAAGAUCUCAAGUCCCGCAGGGCCCUAGUCUCUUGUGACAGAGCGUUCCACCACGUCGGGGCCAGUGCUGAAAAGGCCCUGGCCCUAGUUGAGACCAAGCUAACCACCUUGCAACUUGGGACCUCCAAAAUAUUGUCAUUUGUGGACCUUAAGGUCCUCCACGGGGCAUAACAGGGUCCCUCCAGACAUCCUUUUUACUGAACAUUAUUAUUUGUGCUCGUGAUGCUAUCGGAGCAGUCAGAUGAACGUGAUCAAAACUUAUCAAGGGGACAGAGGGAUUCCCUUGCAAAGGGAGACUGCAGCGUUUAGGACUUCUUAGUCUGGAGAAACGGCAAGCAAGAGAAGGCUUAUAAAAUAAUGCAAUGACCCGAAUUCUUUGAGGGAAAGAAUGUGCUUUAAAGUUAUGGUGUGUCCACACCCCGGCAUGCACUAAAGAAGGGAACCUGAGCAUGGACAGCUACUGAGCAGAAAGUCGGCUAUGAUAAUUAACUGUCAUGAACGCUUUAGCUGAGAUUCCUGCAUUGCUGGGGUUGGACUAGAUGCCCCUCAGGGGUCCCUUCCAGUUCUAUGAUUCUGUGAUGCCAGCAAGCUUUCUGGAUCAUCUGGGGGUGGAGUUUUCAGGCCAGGGGAGAAACCUCCAGACAAAUGUAAACUCCAGCAUUUCUGAUUAAGACAUUUAAACUUGACACUGAUGCGCAAACACCUCUGCUAGACACACAAUAGUCUCCCAUCGAGUGUCCCAAAAUCCAUCUAUUCUGCAGAACAGCCAUACGAGAAAUAUGUAAAAUAACUAAGCAAGUAUUAGAAACCUCCCCAGAAUUGGCCCUGCUAAACAUCUUCCAAGACAAAAAUGCCCAUUUACACCACAAAGAACUCAUAACCCACCUACUUUCAGCAGCCAGAAACACCAUAACCAGACACUGGAGAGACCUGUCAGGAGUAAGUAUGGACCAAUGGUACCAAAUAGCAUGGGAAACAGCCUUACGAGAAAAAUUAACCAAUAAACUGAAACUGACACGGGGACAAAUAGAAGAAGACGCCUUCACCCCGGUAUGGCUCCCCUUUAUCACAUACACAGCCCAACAAAAGGACCCUGACCAUUAGGUCCAGUCGUGACCGAUUCUGGGGUUGUGGCGCUCAUCUCGCUUUAUUGGCUGAGGGAGCCGGCGUACAGCUUCCGGGUCAUGUGGCCAGCAUGACUAAGCCACUUCUGGCGAACCAGAGCAGCGCACGGAAACGCCUUUUACCUUCCCGCCAGAGCGGUACCUAUUUAUCUACUUGCACUUUGACGUGCUUUCAAACUGCUAGGUUGUCGGGAGCAGGGACCGAGCAACGGGAGCUCACCCCGUCGCGGGGAUUCGAACCGCUGACCUUCUGAUCGGCAAGUCCUAGGCUCUGUGGUUUAACCCACAGAGCCACCCGCGUCCCUUACACAGCCCAACAAGACAAUGACAAAAAUCCACCAACAGCAUACAAAUCAAUAUGGCUAACCUGAUCCAAAACACCCACCCACCCCACUCACACAUGAAAACAAAGACCACCACAGCCAACCACAAAUGAACAGCCACACCCUGGGCCAACCCCAACCUCUCUCACCACCAAAGGAACACAAGUGAAAAGCAGAGAACCUGCACAAGCAACGCUGAGACAAAACUCCAUAUAUAUUAAGUAAAAUAGAAACAUCUUCCUAAUGUCUCAACAAAUGAAACUGAUCUGUAAAAAAUGUUGCUUGGAGAGAGAGAGAGAGAGAGAGAGAGAGAGAGAGAUUGCACAUACUUUUGUAAACCAAGAAAAUCUUUAAUAAAAAUACAUUAAAAAGCAACAAUAGUCUCCCAUCUCUGUUUUGUGCUCCCUCCCCAAUCCAGGCCGGGUGAGGACCAACUGCAGUCAGUGCGAGAAGACCCUGACCCUGCAGACGUCCGUGAAAGUCCUGUAUGUCUUUGUCGUCUUGCUCAUUGUGGCUGUGGUGGUGCUGGCAGCUCUGGGUGAGUAGGACACACACAUCCCUCCUGUCUCUCAGGUUCAGGAAACAGAAACCGAAAUCAUCAAGGGUGUGGAGUUGCUCCACUCUGCAGCAAGGUUGCAGAACCCUGGGACUUUUUAGUUUAGAGAGAAGACCAGGAAGAGACAACAUGGUAGAAUUAUGUGUUGCAUGGAGAAAGCAGACAGAAUCAUUUUCCUCUCUCAAAAAGCUAGAACCGGUGAAGAUCCAAUGAAGGUGAAUGCUGGAGGAUUUGGGACAAGGGAAGGGCUUCUUCGCAAAGUGCAUAGUUGUGGGAAUGUUCAGGGAUGCAGGAGAGGAUAUAUUGUUUGAUUACAUUCUUUCCAACUUGUGUUAACAAGUUAUACAAUUUAGCAGAGUAACAUUCCCCUUUUUAAACUUGCACAGUGGAUGCGUUUGCUCAGGAUCGCUAAAGCCUCUAAAAUAAGUUUCCUUGAUAAUUUCCCCUUUAGUCCCUUCAUAAAAAGAUAAGACACGACACAGUCUUCUAUAAAAGUAUAAAAGGAGUUUACUCACCCACAUUCUGUUCACAGAUGGAUCCCAGAAGGCAGACUUAAGUUAUAAAAGUAAUAUACCUGGAAUUUAUCUCAUAAAGAGAUAGUCCCUUUGUCCUAUUUUGGCUGGAAGCCAAGAGAGCAUCUUAGGCUAAGCAGAUGCUGCUUCUUUGACCAAUGUGGUCAGAGAGAGAGAGAGAGAGAUGGCGGCCUCUGCUAAGGUAUUUUGUUACCUGCACAGGUGAGGCCACACCCACCUCUGGUCACAUGUAGAAGAAGUCUGUCCCAGCCUAGGAGGAAACAGGAAGUUCUGACUGGCUGGUCCAGACAUCCCCUUUUUAUGUCCACUCUAGGGAUGUUGUACUUGACUGCUCUGUGUUUCACAUCCAACAAUAGUUAAGUUGUGGAACUCUCUGCCACAGGAAGGAGUGAUGGCCACCAACUUGGAUGGCUUUAAAAGAGAUCCAGUCACUUUUGGAAGAAACUUUUGGAAGAUCCAUUUCAGUCGGGAUUUAGGCCUGGUUUUGGCACAGAAACUGCUUUGGUCGCCCUGUAUGAUGACCUCUGUUGAGAGAGAGACAAGGGAGACAUGUCCCUGUUAAUUCUUCUCGACCUCUUUCGAUACCAUCUACCAUGGCAUCCUUCUGGAGUGACUCUCCGAACUAGGGUUGGGUGGCACCGCUUUGGGGUGGUUCCAGUCCUACUUGGAUGGUCGUUGGGGAGGUUGCUCACCAGAGCAAGACAGUCUGAGCAUAUUAUACCUAUCCUGGUCUGAUUGCACUGGCUACCAAUUAGUUUCCAGGCUUAAUGCAAAGUGCUGGUUUUGACCUAUCAAGCCUUAAACAGAUCAGGACCACAAUGUUGGCAUACAACCAAGGAAACGGGGGCAAUUGGCAGGCCCCCAGCUGGCUCCUGCCCACCGGCCGUCAAGAAACCAGGAGUCAAGAAACCAAAGGUCCGAGGGUCAGGAAGCAAGGAGUCACGAGGUCAAGGGUCCGAGGAUCAGGAAGCAAGGAGUCACAAAUUCAAGGGUCUGAGGAUCAAGAAGCAAGGAGUCAAGAAACCAAAGGUCUGAGGGUCAGGAAGCAAGGAGUCACGAAGUCAAGGGUUCAAGGACCAGGAAGCAAGGAGCCAAAUGCAGCAAGGCAGGAAACAUGUUGCUGUAGCAAAGAGCCAAAGGGAAAUGCUGACCUUAUAUCCCUUCCCGGCUCUUGCCACCAGGUGCUGUGAGUUACCAAUCGGCCUCACCUGUGUGGCCGUGCCUUGCCUCUCCUGAACAAACUUAGGAAGGCCCCAAUCCUGCAAAGUCCUAUUAGUCACAGGGGAGUGCUCCUGCACGCACUCUUGACGCCCCCCUCUUUCCAUCCCAAGCCUCUCUGCCUGGUCGUCUUUCGCUGCAUCCAAGCUCCUGCACCAGCAUCCGGCUCUCCAGGAAAGGAGGCCCUUCUCUCAUCUCUGGGUCUCGGCCGAGACCACCCACUGCCUCUUGGCAUGGCUGGCGCACCAGGUGGCCUGGGCUGAGAGCCCUUCCUUGGUCUGAGGCAGCAACUUCCCUGCUGCCCCCAGGUGGCCUUCCCUGCCAUGUUGUUUUGGGCAGAGAGAAGCUGCCCUCGUCUCUCGAGAUCACGUGCCCCAAAGCUGAACUCAACUUGUGGGCCUGGCACACAGCUGAGAGGAGCCUGAGGUUUGGGUCCUGUCCCAGCCCACAGCAGAGCCACGGAUUCUGCAGCCCCGGCAGCUGCCUGGGUGGCAAAAGAGCUCUGCGUUCAUAUAUUCAUUGGCCUGAUCCUCUCCUUACGGUCUUGCAAGAGAAUCACAAAUCACGCCUAAGGUAGCAGAUGCCCGAUGCAAAUCGUGCAGACCGAUGCAAAUCGUGCAGACUGAUGCAAAUCGUGCAGACUGAUGCAAAUCGUGCAGACUGUUUGCAACUUUUGCUCAGAAUACAGAAUUUCAGGUUUGCUUGGUGCAAAAUUUCAGGGGUUGUUUUUUUAGCCCAAGACCACCUUGUUCCAAUGAGUCCUGCCCUUGAGUCAGUUUAGCGGCAGGAACAUUCAAGGAACUCAGAUGGAGACGCAGUUGGCUAAAGAAGUGGGGGCAUCAGCUGGCAACCAAAGUUGCCUAGAGGACAGGCAGGAGAUGGGCAAGAGAAGGCAAAAGCCAGCCUGAGAAGCCAGGUUGGGGGGUGCAGAUGCAAUAGCUUUGAGAAGCUGGCCCCCACAACACCAACAGGCUGCCAGUCCAAACCUAAAACUGGCAAUACAGUCGUAUUUUGGAUCCCGAAUGCAUUGGUACGCGGACGUUUUGAAUCCCGAAUGCCGCAAACCCGGACGUGAAUGUUCCAGUUUGCGGAUGUUCUUUGGAACCCGAAUGUCGAACGGAGCUUCUGAUUGGCUGAAGGAGCUUCCUUUCAGCCAAUCGGAAACCGCUCCUUGGUUUCCAAAACAUUUCGGAAGUUGAAUGGACUUGAGGAAUGGAUUCCGUUCGACUUCCAAGGUACGACUGUAUAAGGAUCAGUUGCAAGGCUCAGCUGGCCUGCGUUCUGAAGAAGGCAAGAUCUCAGCUGUCAGAUUUCUGUGUGUGGCUCAAAGCUACGCAAUUGGUAAAGCUUGCUUGCUUAUUUAUUUAUUUAUUUUCUUUCAUAACGUUUUCACAAUGCUUGACUGUAAAAAAACAAAACACACAACUCCAAGCAGUUUGCAAAAAAAAUGGUAAACACAAUAAAAUUAUCAAUAGCAAUUGGGAAGCUGCAGUUAGUGAAGAAUGCUAAAGCACGAUUGCUGACCAGAGUGAGGCCUUGCCAGCAUACAACAUCUGGAAUCAGAGAUCUGCACUGGUUGCCAAUUUGCUCCCGGACCAAGUUAAAGAUGUUGCUAAUAGUACCAUAUUUUUCGCCCUAUAGGACGGACAGGGCUUCCCGCAGGGCUCCCUAGGCUGCGGAGAGCGCCCCACGCUUCGGGCAGACAUCGGCCAGCCCCACAAGCUCGGGGGACAGCGGGGAGGUGCAGCGCCGCCAUCCCGCUGUUCCCCGACCUGGUUUUGGGGGGGAAAGAAAGGAAAAAAUUAUUUCCUUUAUUUCCCCCCCAAAAAAACUAGGUGCGUCCUAUGGGACGAAAAAUACGGUAUAUAAAACCCUUAACAACUUGGGACAAGUUUACCUACGAGAUCAUAAUAUCUGUUCUGCACUUGUAAAAAAAACUCCCUCUUUUAGUAUGGCUUUAGUAUAGCAGCGUCUACACUUUGGAACUCCCUGCCAAUUGAUAUCAGGCCUUCGGUGCACAUUUUUCACCGCCUGCUAAGAACAUUUUUGUUUAGACCCAGGUGUUUAAAAAGUUGCUGCGAGUUCUUUUCUUAGCGUAUUGUUCAUUCCACUUUUUGAAAGGGUUAAAUUAUUGUUGUUAAUUUCUCUUACUGAUCAUUUUAUUGCUUCCCUUUUUUUUUUAAAUCGCUUUGAUGGGCUUUUUUUUUUAAAAAAAACCCUCAAAUGUUGGAUGGAUUUUAUGAAAUAAAUAAAGCACCAAUACUUUUCUAAGCACCAUACAGAGAUUGAAACCUGCAUGUUCACAGUCAGAGAAUCACAGCACAAAAUGAACAUGACAUGGGGAGGGAAGAGGAAACCAAAGCCAAUCCUUGAAAUUAGUAACUGGCAAGGGGGCAGGAGGGGGAAGUUUGAAAGGAAACCAGAUCUGGGUCAGGAAUAUUUUUAAAAAUGAAGAAUCCAUUUCUGAAAAAUGCCGAAAACUUUAGGAACUGUGUUGAUAGGCUGCACUGUAAGCAUUUUCAACAUUGCAAGGUUGGUAAACGAAGCUGAGAUUGUGCCUAAAAUCUGAUUUGACGUAAAAAGAAGAUUGAAAUCCUACACACACACACACACACACACACACACACACACACACUGCGUCAACUAAGCGGCGUCACCAUUUUUCCACCUCAUUUUCCCCAGGAAAGGAAACCUCGAGGGUACAAUACAAAGCAAAAAGUGAGGAUCAGAUAACCAGCUGGCUGGGAGGAACCGGUGGGAUACGGUGGACUGCAAGCGAGAAACAUGAGUCAGGAAAAGCGGGCGAUUGCCAGGAGAUGGGGAUGUUUCUUGGGGAUGCAUUAGCCAAAAGAACGUGAAACAGUUCCGCUCUGCUUAGUCUUUGGCUGCAGCCAGGAUCUCCACCCUGGAAGGAGGAGGCGGACAAAUUUCAGAGGGUAAAAUGCAGCAAAAUGGGGGGGGGGGGCGUCCUGCUUGCAGAAAGGAAAAGAGAUUGCCCUUCCUUGUUUUUGUUGUUGUUGUUUAGUCGUUUAGUUGUGUCCGACUCUUUGUGACCCCCUGGACCAGAGCACGCCAGGCCCUCCUGUCUUCCACUGCCUCCCGCAGUUUGGUCAAACUCAUGUUCGUACCUUCGAGAACACUGUCCCACCAUCUCGUCCUCUGUCGUCCCCUUCUCCUUGUGCCCUCCAUCUUUCCCCACAUCAGGGUCUUUUUCAGGGAGUCUUCUCUUCUCAUGAGGUGGCCAAAGUCUUGGAGCCUCAGCUUCACAAUCUGUCCUUCCAGUGAGCACUCAGGGCUGAUUUCCCUAAGAAUGGAGAGGUUUGAUCUUCUUGCAGUCCUUGGGACUCUCCAGAGUCUCCUCCAGCACCAGAAUUCAAAAGCAUCAAUUCUUCUUCGAUCAGCUUUCUUUAUGGUCCAGCUCUCACUUCCAUACAUCAGUACUGGGAAAACCAUGGCUUUAACUAUACGGACCUUUGUUGGCAAGGUGAUGUCUCUGCUUUUUAAGAUGCUGUCUGGGUUUGUCAUUGCUUUUCUCCCAAGAAGCAGGCGUCUUUUAAUUUCGUGGCUGCUGUCACCAUCUGCAGUGAUCAUGGAGCCCAAGAAAGUAAAAUCUCUCACUGCCUCCAUUUCUUCCCCUUCUAUUUGCCAGGAGGUGAUGGGACUGGUGGCCAUGAUCUUUGUUUUUUUGAUGUUGAGCUUCAGACCACAUUUUGCGCUCUCCUCUUUCACCCUCAUUAAAAGGUUUUUUAAUUCCUCCUCACUUUCUGCCAUCAAGGUUGUGUCAUCUGCGUAUCUGAGCUUGUUGAUAUUCCUUCCGGCAAUCUUAAUUCCGGCUUGGGAUUCAUCUAGCCCAGCCUUUCACAUGAUGAAUUCUGCAUAUAAGUUAAAUAAGCAGGGAUAAACUAAACAGGCUAUAGCUUAGGGCCCCACUCUGUUGGGGGCCCCCCAAAAAAAUUUAAAGGGGAAAAAAACCCAGGAUGUACAUUUCCAAAAUAUAAGAUAAAAAAGCACAUCAAAUAAAACCUACAUAAAGCUACAUACAGUUUUGUAGGCUCCUAUUUGUUAUGUGCAAAUGGCUUUAGAUACCUAUGAGGUCCAUAUAUUCAACACGAAAAACAGCGACAAUUUGUUGUUGACAAAAGACAGCUGGACAUAUAAAGGGUCCCAUUACCUUCAGGAGCUUAGGGCCUCAUCAAAGCUAACUCCGGCCCUGACCGAAUCCAUAGAUGAAUUAUGCAAAGCUUUGUUUAUUCGUUCCCAGAAGUUCAUAUCCAUUGGACUUUCAUCAAUACUGGAGCAGACCCGCACCAUAUAUUUAAAGUAUUUGCAACACCCCAGGGUACCUCCUUAUAUUCCCACUCAGCCACUGAGAUCACUUGCAAGAGUGUUGUUGGUCAUUCCUCAUGUUGGUGAGACUCAUUCAUCAACAACCAGAAACCAAGCCUCCUGUGUCAUCGGCCCAGACCUGUGGAACUCUCUGCCACUGGAGAUUCAGCAAGUGUCAACUUUUUAGUAACUGUUGAAAAUUUUUCUAUUCCACCGGGCCUGUGCAAGCAAUUAAGACUGGAUCCUUCCUCAAUGGUUCAUCGAUGUCUGUUUCAAACUAUUUUCAUACAGCUUUUAUCGUACGGCUUUGUUUUUAUGGCUGUAAACAGCUUUGAUAUAUAUUUUUGAUGACACAGUGAUGCACAAUUUUUUUAUAUAUAAUUAAUUGAAUGAAACACAUUUAGAGCGCACGACUUCUCCCCGAAGAAUCCUGGGUAGUUUGAUCAAGGUGCUGGGAAUUGUAGCUCUAUGAAGGGGGAGGGCUCUUGGGGGGGGGAAGGCAUGUGUUCCAAACGUGUGUUGGAUGGUGUGUGGAUCUGCCCUUUCCGUUUUUAGCAUGUCUUGCUUGCCAUAUAAGCGUGAAAACGAAGCAAAUGAAAGAAGGAACACGCAAGGGACCAUGAUUCAAAUAUCCUUUAUUAGGCAUAGCAAACCACACAUUAUCAAACAGACACCGUAUACAAAUUGUGCAUAAUACGAGCUCAGCGUAAAAAGGUUUGUCCCAGUCAGAUCUUUAACUCCAGAGGAAAUCAGUUUGAAUAAAUAAUACAAUACAACACUACCACAUCACCAAUCAAUUAAGAACCACUGAUUCUCUUUAUAACGGCCCAGUCUUUCUACAUGGACAGCACUCCAAAAUUCAGCCACUAUUAAAGUAAUUUGAUCAUUCCUGUCCGAAAGCAGGUCCUGAAUCGUUGGUAGCGUAGAAUUCAGCCUAUUGAGUUGUAAGGCCUCUAAUAAUUGUCUUCUGGCAUAAAUGCCAAAAUCACAAGAAAAGAAAAUAUGCUCCAAAGUAUCAGGUUCCUGUUUACAGUGGUGCCCCGCAAGACGAAUGCCUCGCAAGACGAAAAACUCGCUAGACCAAAGGGUUUUGCGUUUUUUGAGUCAUUCCGCAAGACGAAUUUCCCUAUGGGCUUGCUUCGCAAGACGAAAUAUCUUGCGAGUUUGUUUCCUUUUUCUUAAAGCCGCUAAGCCGUUAAUAGCCGCUAAGCCGCUAAGCCGUUAAUAGCUGCUAAGCCGCUAAUAGCCGCUAAGCCGCUAAUAGCCGUGCUUCGCAAGACGAAAAAACCGCAAGACGAAGAGACUCGUGGAAUGGAUUAAUUUCGUCUUGCGAGGCACCACUGUACUACAUUUGCAGAGAUGCGCUGAUUCUGGGAGAGCUAAAUAUCUUCCUCUAUCAUCGAGGGAAACAUAUUAAAUCUGGCUAACAUAAACAGCCUGCGCAAUUCAUGAUUCUUCAGAUUUGCCAUAUAAGUGUGAAAAUGAAUCUGGCAAGGUGAGCUUGUGUGUUCAAAGCCAGGUACCCCCAGGGAUAACGUGCUCACUUUUUGUGUCAUCCUUGCAGUCUUCAAGAAAGUGGAUUCCAUAGCUGACGAUGUUAACUCUGCCCAGACGUACUAUGAGAAGAAAAUCGGGUCGGUCCAGGAGGACCUCCAAGAGCUGGGUAAGUUAGAGGUUUUUAAAGAAAGGUUAGGUGUCCACCUGCCAGGGAUUCCUUACCUGUGAUCCCUGCAUUUCAGAGGGUUGGGCUCGAUGACCUUUGGGGUUCCCCUCUGAUUCUGUGAGUCAGCUAGUUCAGUAUUGAUUACAGCAGCUCCCUGUGCUGGACCCGGGGGUUAACGCGAGUAAUGCGGUCCAGGUCCGGUCCCGAAUCCAGGGGCUCCACGAGGGGACAGUCCGACAGGGCCAAGGCAGGAAACCAGGCAAGGACAGGUACAGGGUCUCAGGCAGGUAGCAGCAGUGUUGCUCUCACAACCUGGGGCGGGGUCCGACAGCCUUUUAUCUCUGUCGGGUAAUGGCCGGUCCUGAUCCCACAGCGACUCACCUCCCUGUCUUCCCCAAAGGCAAGCACUCCUCCUGCGAGUACUCAGGUCUCUCCUUCUCUCAGACCUCAGUCUCUGCAGCUCAGGAGACAUCUGUGGGUUCCUAGACCCAGAGGCCGCCUCAGCCUCCCCUGACCCAACCGGUAGUGGAGCAGCUGUAAGUGAUGGCCCAGCUGGAGGCAACGAGGGAAUCCCCGCAUCUGGAGCCAGGGCAGGCUCAGUCCCCUGACUCGGCCCAGCUGGUGCUUGUUGCAGGGGAACCUGUGCAGACUGGGGCUCUUCAGGAUCAGGCCCCAGACUUGGUUCAGAUGAUGCCUGAGGCAAAGGAUCUGGUGCGGACUGAGACUCCUCUGGUUCUGAGUCCAAGCUCGAGUCUCAGGCCAUCACACUCCCCAGACUGAGGUUGCUCCCAGCCCUGCCUGAACAUGACAGAGAUUCAAACCAGGACCUUCUGCAUGCCAGGCAGGUGUCCUGCCUUUGAACUACGGACCCAGGUAAACCACAGCCAACCUCGGCCUCCUCCGCCAAAUCUAGAAAAGGCUGCAGCCUCAAUGUCACCUCUCCGUUCGCUCUCAGGGCAGAGCAGGGAGACUUCCCCCACCUCCACCUGUGUCUAACACAGCUCCUUUAACAGGCAAUGUUGAAAGGGACAUCUCCUCUGAGUUAUCCAUCUUUAGGUACUGGCAUGAUUAAAGUUGCCAGGCUGCACAGGGGGUUGGACUAGAUGGCCUUUGGGGGUCCCUGCCAACUCGACAAUUCCACAGUUUUGCACACAGCUAGUUUUCCACGCUGGUAUAUGCUGCUGGGAUGAGCAGUUUCCACCCUGGUGACCCCACCCAUCUGGCUUGGCUUCUCCAGCCACUCUGGGCAGCUUCCAACAAAAUAGUAAAAUACCGUAAUGCAUCAAACAUUAAAAGCUUCCCUAAACAGGGUUGCCUUGAGAUGUCUUCUAAAAGUCAGAUACACUGGUACCUCGGGAUGCGAACAGGAUCCGUUCCGGAGCCCCGUACGCAUCCCGAAGGGAAUGCAAGGCGCGACGGCGCGUGGGCGGGUCGCGUUUCGCCGCUUCCGCACAUGCGCGUGACGUUAUUUUGAGCAUCUGAGCACUCUGUUACUUCCGGGUUGCCAUGGAGUGCAACCACGCUCAACCCAAAGCACAUUCAACUUGAGGUAUGACUGUAGUUGUUUAUCUCCUUGACAUCAGAUGGGAGGGUGUUCCACCAGGAGGGAGCCACCACCGAGAAGGCCCUCUGCCUGGUUUCCUGUAACCUCACUUCUCACAGGGAGGGAACCGCCAGAAGGCCCUCGGCGCUGGACCUCAGUGUCUGGGCAGAAUGAUGGGGGUGGAGACGCUCCUUCAGGGAUACUGGGCCUUUGAGGCCGUUUAGUGCUUUAAAGGUCAGCACCAACACUUUGAAUUGCGCUCGGAAACAUACUAUAAAUGUAAGCUUCUGUCAGGUGCUCAGGAAACAGUUCUUGGAGGUCUCUGUUUAGCAGGUCUUGCAAGAUCUCGGUCGCAGAGGAAAUGGAUGAGUAAGACUUUGAAACGAGAAGAAGCAACAUCUGCUUAAUUGCUGAGCAAAAUGUCUUGUGAGGGAGCGAGAAAGUUUGCUGUCAGUCAGCAAACUUGACGCUUGGAUUUUGCAAGCAUCUGCAAGCGAUUGGGAAGUCUCUGACUCACUCUCAGGAACCAGAGGAAGCCAGUCUAGCAGUCCCCUCCUAAGCCAAGCUCUCAAGGGGCUUACUCCCUGGUCCAGCGGCUCCCAAACUUUUUGCGGGGGUGUCACUGUCCUCAUGCUUCCAACUCACCCCCAGUGUUACCCCUCCUACCCUAUAAAAAGGAUUAUUCAGAACAGUGGUUUGAACAAUCCACUUGAGAAGAUAAUAACACAGUGGAAUUCAAAACAGUAGCAACUAAUUGCAUGGUUUUUCUUUCUCAAAAUCCAGUUAAAACUAUUUAGUUUAAUGAAUUCCACGAAACGGAUGAACUUGAUCGAGUGAAACCAGCUUUUCAAAGUCUGAUAGUCAUCUAUACCUCCAGUCCUGCUCAGCCCAGGGAAUUUUGGGGCAUUGCUGCCCCCCAACUGCAGAGGCAAAGCAAAGCAAUCCUGGCUAAGAGCCAUUGAAGGCCCCUCCUUCUCCAGGACUGGGUCCAAUCUUCUUUCAAAGCCAUUUAGGUUUGUGGCCAUCGCUGCCUACUGUGGCAGGGAGUUCCACAUUUUAACUCUGCACUGCAAGAAGGAUUUUUUUCCCCUCUGUCCUGAAUCCAGCUGCACUGGAUGUCUGUGAUUGCUCGUCUUAUGAGAGAGAGAGAGAGAGAGAGAGAGAGGGAGGGAGACUUUUCUCUAUCUACUUUCUCCAUGCCAGGCAUACAUUUAUAAACUAUCCUUUUUCCUUUCUCCUUCUGUGAUGGAACUCCUAUUUGGGGGCUUCCCUGGCUUUUUCUGGCCCACGUAGGACCAGUCUGGAUAGUUGGCCUUAGAGAAGAUUUGACGUUUUCAUCGCCAAAAAGUUUCUGAUUUGAGUUUCUAUUCAAAUGAGGCUGCAUUUUAAUGUUGUAUUUUAAUCUUCUUUUUAAGUUGUAUCUUAAUCAAUUGUUUUAUAUCUGUUGUUAGGAGACCUGAGCCCGGUCUUGGCUGGGGAGGGCGGGCUAUGUAUGUAUGUAUAAAUAUAUAAAUAUAAAUAUAAAUAUAAAUAUAAAUAAUAUAAAUAUAAAUAACUUCUGUCAUAUACUAGAAAGCCCCAAUGCUGCAUCCUUCGUUCAUAGGGGACUCGAUCGAUCUCGUUGGCCUUUUCUGUGCCUUUUCCAGCUGUUCGAUACCCUUUUUGAGCUGAGGCGACCAGAACGGUGUACAGUAAUUGGGCAGAUUCGCAGUUUUAUUUCCGUGGUGCGUUCUGCCGUUUAGCUAUGGGGAAGGACAAGGCCUGGUCAACUGCUGGGUAUGUGCUAGAAGCUGUUUAACCAACCUGCUUUCUUUCUGCACCCCACCCUCCAAUCCAGAUCAGAAAUCCCUGGGCAACUGCUCCUUCUGCCACGAUGCAGGCCAGCUGGGACAGGAGAUCAGCAGGCUGCAAGAGGAGCUGGAAGGAAUCCAGAAGAAGCUCUUGGCGCAGGAGGUGUUGCUCGACCGCGCUGGCCAGAGCCACCAGCAGCUCUCGUCCGCCAGCAACAAGAUCAACGACGAGGUGGACGGGUGCUUCUCCGCCAUCCAGCGGGUCAACCAGAGCCUGGCGCUCUUCCUGGCACAGGUGAGGGGCUGGCAGGGGGCCACUUCCGAGCUGGGCAGCUCGCUGAAGGAGCUGUCGCAAGAGCGCUUCGACAUGGAAGCCGCCGUGCAGCAAAUGAACUUCACCGUCGGCCAGACUUCCGACUGGGUGCACAUCAUCCAGAGGAAGAUGAACGAGGAAACCUUGACGCUGCAGAAGAUCGUGUCCGACUGGCAGAACUACACCCGCCUGCUGGGGGGCUUGAGGACCACCUCCUCCAAAACUGGGGAGCUGGUCAAGGGCAUUCAGACCAGCCUGGGCAUCACCUCGCAGAGGAUCGGGCAGAACUCGGAGGGCAUGCACGACCUGGUUUUGCAAGUCAUGAGCCUGCAGUUGCAGCUGGACAACGUCUCAUCCUUCCUGGACGACCACGAGGAGAACAUGCACGACCUCCAGUACCACGCCCGCUACACGCAGAACCGGACGGCCGAGCGCUUUGAGACGCUUGAAGGACGCAUGACCUCCCACGAGAUUGAAAUCAGCACCAUCUUCACCAACAUCAACGCCACGGACAGCCACGUCCACAGCAUGCUCAAAUACCUGGACGACGUCCGGCUCUCCUGCACGCUGGGAUUCCAUGCGCACGCCGAGGAGCUCUACUACCUGAACAGGUCGGUCAGCCUCAUGCUCAGCGCCACCGACCUCCUGCGCGAGCGCUUCAGCCUUCUCAGCGCCCGUCUGGACUUUGACAUCCGCAACCUCUCCAUGGUCAUGGAAGAGAUGAAGGCGGUGGACACCCGUCACGGGCAGAUCCUCCGAAACGUCACUGUCUUGCGAGGUGAGAAGCAGCGAUGGGGAGGCAAGCGGGAGGCACAGGGUUGUUUUGAUCACUACUUGUUAAAUUCAUUAGCCGCCCUUUUUGUGAUGGCGACUCAAAAAAUAAAGCCAUAAUAGAUGCAUGCAUUAAAACCAGGAGACAGGACAUACCGUAUUUUUCGCUCCAUAAGACGCGCCUGACCAUAAGACGCACCUAGCUUUUAGAGGGGGAAAGCAAGGGGAAAAAUAUUCUUUAAAGGGAGCGCUGAGCAGAGCCUGUUUGCAUCCCAGGCUCUGCUCAGCGCUCCCUUUCACAAGCCGCGUGGAGCGUGUGUGGCUUUUCCCAAGGAGGGAGAAGGGACUGACGGGCUGCCCUUCUCCCUCCUCAGGGAAAAGUCCCCAAGAGCUACACACAUGCUCCGCGCAGCUCUUGGGAGCUUUUCUGGGAGGUGGGGAAAGGGACAGAGCCGCGCACUCUGUCCCUUCCCCCACCUCCCGCAAGAGCCGCACGCAAAGCCAGGACAGCAAGCUGGAUCGCUGCGCAGCGAUCCCUCUUGCUGUCUUGGCUUAUGGGAUAGCCGCACGCAGCCUCUCCUGGGCAGCCGGAUGAAGGCUCCCCCAAGAGCCGGCUCUUUAAAGGGAGCGCUGAGCAGAGCCUCCCACCUGCAUUCGCUCCAUAAGACGCACACACAUUUCCCCUUACUUUUUAGGAGGGGAAAAGUGCAUCUUAUAGAGCAAAAAAUACGGUACAUUAAAGAAUCUCACCCACUCUAAAAGGCCAUAGAUAGUUAAAAGCCUGGUUGAAAUUGUUAUUACUAUGAUUAUAAUUACAGUGGAACCUUGGUUCUUGAACGCCUUGGUACUCAAACAUUUCAGCUCCCGAAUGUUGAAAAUCCAGAAGUAAGUGUUCUGGUUUUCAAAUGUUUUUUGGAAGCUGAACGUCCGAUGCAACUGUCAGCAAUUGUUUCCUGGGCGCCUGCACCAAUCGGAAGCUGCACCUUGGUUUACGAAUGUUUUGGAAGUUGAACGGACUUCCGGAACGGAUUGCGUCCGAGAACCAAGGUACCACUGUAUUUAUAUCCCAGUUUCUUCCCUGUCCGGGACUCAAGGUGGCUUACACAGAUGAAGGAAUGUUUUUGCAAAGUGCUUGAAAAUAUGCAACGAAGGGGCCAGGCGAGCCUCUCUGGGGAAAGCGUUCCACAAACGGGGAGCCACCACAGAAAAGACCCCUUCUCAUAUUGCUGCAGGUGCCUUCUGUGCUAACCAUUAAUCACCUGCAGGAAACUUUUCAUUUCCACCAGGCCUAGGCAGGCAAUUAAAAGUACAUCGUUCCACUAUGGUUAAAUGAGGUCUGUUUUUAACUUUUUUGUGUUUGUUCUGGCAUGCUUAACGUUUCUAUUGCACAAAACCACUUUGACCUAUUUUUCAUGCCACUGGGGUAUACAAAUAUUUUAAUUAAUGAAUGAAACAAUGAAAGACACCUUCCCUGCUCCCAUGGCCAGCUCUUGUGCCAGGGACUCUGUGCCCUUCCUGCGCCAGGGGGUCUCGUGACCCCGAGUGACCCAGUUUGGACUCAGGGAGGUCUAGAUCCUGACCUGCACACUGUGGACUUCUAGGGACCACUCUAGCCACCCAGCCACUCAUGGAACAGAGUGGUAAGGGCUGCUUUCGAUGCUUGGCUUUGGAUUUUUGCAGCCUCUCCUGAAUCUCCAGAGCAGGUUUACUUGGGCUGCAAAACCCAAAUAAAUAGAUGAGUCACGGGCUUGGGCGACAACCUCUAAUAUUUCGUAAGCUUGUUUUUGCCAAUUUGCAGAGCUGUCUUUCCCAUCAGCUGCUGGCCACUCGGAACAAACUUCAUUCAGGGACUAAUCAAAGUGGGUGUCCAUAUAAGAAAAGAACGUAAGAAAAUUUGCUGGACUCUGAAGCAUUGCUGCCUCUGACUGUGAUAGCCAUCAAUAGCCCUGUCCUCCAUGAAUUUGUCUAAUCCUCUUUUAAAGCCAUCCAGGUUGGUGGCCAUCCCUGCCUCCUGUGGCAGGGAGUUCCAUAGGUUAACAGUGAACUGCAUGAAGAAGUCUUUUCUUCAAUCUGUCCUGAAUCUUCCAGCUUUCAGCUUCAGUGGACACCCAGGAGUUCUAGGAGAGAGAGAAACAAAAUCCUCCCUUCCUCCCAUGCCAUGCUUAAUUUUGUAAACUUCUAUCAUGUCACGUCUUCCUCACUAUUUCUCUAAGCUAAAAAGCCCCAAACCUUUCUUCAUGAGGGAGUCACUCCAGCCCCUCAAUCAUUUGUGUUGCCUUGGACAGCCUGCUUUAAUUCCAGAUUCACUAACCAGGAUAGCUAUAAAAACCCUGCUUAGAAGCAAAAAGACAAUCAGUACAAUGAGAUGAUGAUGAAGAUGAUAAUAAUAGGUAAAGGUAAAGGGACCCCUGACCAUUAGGUCCAGUUGUGACCGACUCUGGGGUUGCGGCGCUCAUCUCGCUUUAUUGCCCGAGGGAGCCGGUGUACAGCUUCCAGGUCAUGUGGCCAGCAGGACUGAGCCGCUUCUGGAGAACCAGAGCAGCGCACGGAAACGCCGUUUACCUUCCCGCCAGAGCGGUACCUAUUUAUCUACUUGCACUUUGACGUGCUUUCGAACUGCUAGAUUGGCAGGAGCAGGGACCGAGCAACGGGAGCUCACCCCAUCGCGGGGAUUCGAACCGGAGACCUUCUGAUCGGCAACUCCUGGGAUCAUUGGUUUAACCCACAGCGCCACCCGCGUCCCAAUAAUAAUAAUAAUAAUAAUAAUAAUUUAUUAUUUAUACCCCACCCAUCUGGCUGGGUUUCCCCAGCCACUCUGGGCAGCUUCCAACACAUUAAAAUACAGUAACGCAUCAAACAUUAAAAGCUUCCCUAAACAGGGCUGCCAUCUGAUGCCUUCUAAAAGUCUGGUAGUUGUUUUUCUCUUUGACAUCUGGUGGGAGGGCGUUCCACAGGGCGGGUGCCACCACCAAGAAGGCCCUCUGCCUGGUUCCCUGUAACUUGGCUUCUCACAGGGAGGGAACCGCCAGAAGGCCCUCAGAGCUGGACCUCAGCGUCCGGGCAGAACGAUGGGGGUGGAGAGGCUCCUUCAGGAGCAGAUCACACCAGGCAUAAUUUUCUAACUUUCUAUCAUGUCGCCUCCUGCUUGCUUUCCCUCUAAACUAAAAAGCCUCCAAACUCUGCAAUUUUUCCUCGUGGGAAAGUUCUGCUUCCCCAUCUCAGGAAUAUAAGUUGCAGGGUCCCCAGCAGCAGAAGAAAUGUCUGUUCAGACAACGUGUCAUGCUGGGUCACCCUUUCUGCUCCAAUCUACGGUGGUCGCAGGAGCAUAAGAAUAUAUGUGCUCAUUUCAGCUGAUAAAGUCAUCUCUUCACUUGGUGACUUGCAGGAGAAGAAGAGCUUCCAAACUAGCUUCUUUUAGGCCAAAGGUGAUUGAUGCAGGAUUAAUGUGCAGGCAGAAAGUCCUGCUGGGAAUAUUAGAAUUGUGGAGUUGGAAGGGACCUCCAAAUGUCAUCUAGUCGAAACCACUGUGGUGCAGGAAUCACAGCUAAAGAAUCCUUGAUGGAUCCAGUCUCUGCUUAAAAACCUCCAGUGAAGGAGGGAGUCGGUCCCACUGUCCAAUGGCUCUGGCCAUCCGAAGGUUCUUCUGAAUGUUUAGUCGGAAUCUCCUUUCUUGCAAUUGGAAUCCAUUGGUUCAGAGCCUCCCCAAUGGAGCAGCAGAAAAGCUUGCUCCAUCUUCCAUGGGAAACCCUUAAGGAGCGUGAAGAUGUCUCUCAUAUCACCUCUCAGCCCGUUCUUUUCUCCAGGCUAAACAUCCCCAAGUCCCUCAACCAUUUGUGGGCUGAUCUGCUGCCAGGCUGCCACCUAAACCCUUGAAGGAGCAGGUGGUGCUGUGGUCUAAACCACUGAGCCUCUUGGGCUUGCUGAUCAGAAGGUCAGCAGUUCAAAUCCUCGUGACGGAGUGAGCUCCCGUUGCUCUGUCCCAGCUCCUGCCAACCUAGCAGUUCGAAAGCACACCAGUGCAAGUAGAUAAAUAGGUACCACUGCAGCAGGAACGUAAACGGCAUUUCCGUGUGCUCUGGUUUCCAUCACGGUGUCCCGUUGCGCCAGAAGCGGUUUAGUCAUGCGAGCCACACGACCCAGAAAGCUGUCAGUGGACAAACGCCGGCUCCCUUGGCCUGAAAGUGAGAUGAGCGUCGCAACCCCUCCAUAGUCGCCUUUCACUGGAUUUAAUCAUCCAGGGGUCCUUUACCUUUACCUUAAUAGGGACGUGGGUGGUGCUGUGGUCUAAAUCACUAAACCUCUUAUGCUUGCUGAUCGGAAGGUCAGUGAUUCGAAUCCCCAUGACAGUGGUGAGCUCCCGUUGCUCUGUCCCAGCUACUGCCAACCUAGCAGUUCGAAAGCACACCAGCGCAAGUAGAUAAAAAGGUACUGCUGUGGCGGGAAGGUAAAUGGCAUUUCCAUGCGUUCUGGCUUCUGUCACGGUGUCCCGUUGCACCAGAAGCGGUUUAGUCAUGCUGGCCACACAACCCGGAAAGCUGUCUGUGGACAAACGCUGGCUCCCUCGGCCUGAAAGUGAGAUGAGCGCCGCAACCCCAUAGUCGCCUUUCACUGGACUUAACCGUCCAGGGGUCAUUAAAAGGUAAAGAUAAAGGGACCCCUGACCAUUUGAUCCAGUCGUGGCUGACUCUGGGGUUGCGGCGCUCAUCUCGCUUUAUUGGCUGAGGGAGCUGGUGUACAGCUUCCGGUCAUGUGGCCAGCAGGACUAAGCCACUUCUGGCGAACCAGAGCAGCGCACGGAAACGCCGUUUACCUUCCCUCUGGAGCGGUACCUAUUUAUCUACUUGCACUUUGACGUGCUUUCGAACUGCUAGGUUGGCAGGAGCAGGGACCGAGCAGCGGCAGCUCACCCCGUUGCGGGGAUUCGAACCGCCGACCUUCUGAUCGGCAAGUCCAAGAGGCUCAUUGGUUUAGCCCAUAGCGCCACCCGCAUCCCAACCAGAGGUCCUUUACCUUUACAUUAUCUAAUCCCUUGAAAAUUCUUCCAGGCCACGAGCGACCUAGACAUCAAGUGGGCCCUAGGCAAGGCACAAUGCUAGCCUUUCUUCAUCUGUUCGCACGUGAACGCGGCGUUCGGGCGCUGCAGCGUUAAGGAUGUGGUCCCCGCAGCUGGUUCCCAUUUGACACGCGCUGCAACAUGCAUCAUAAAAACACACAGGCCGUUGAUUGGAAGCAGCUGAGUGUCAGCGCUCUGGCUGUGACUCCGGCCUCCCGGGAUGGAAGGAAAAAGGGUUUGCCUUUUAGGAAGAUGCUUCACACUGCAGCAGGGAGUGAAAGUCUAUGGCGUGGAUGGGGGGACACCUUGCUGCAAUGUGAGGAUCUGCUCAGACCCCCAAGGUGCGCUGCUGCUGCUGCUAUGGCUGCCGUCUCAGCGCAUUGGAUUUUUUGCACACCGCCAAAAUCCCAGACCUAGGUCUGUGCAUAGUUAAACUGUGGAACUGCCUCCAUAGUCAUCCUGACAAGACAGAAGUAUUGUUUUGGGGGGACAGGGGGUGGGCUGGUGUGGAGGACUCCCUGGUCCUGAAUGGGGUAACUGUGCCCCUGAAGGACCAGGUGCGCAGCCUGGGAGUCAUUCUGGACUCACAGCUGUCCAUGGAGGCGCAGGUCAACUCUGUGUCCAGGGCAGCUGUUUACCAGAUCCAUCUGAUACGCAGGAUGAGACCCUCCCUGCCCGCAGACUGUCUCACCAGAGUGGUGCAUGCUCUAGUUAUCUCUCGCUUGGACUACUGCAAUGCGCUCUAGUGGGGCUCCCUUUGAAGGUGACCCAGAAACUACAACAAAUCUUGAAAGACUUACAUUGGCUCCCAGUACAUUUCCAAGCACAAUUCAGAAUGUUGGUGCUGACCUUGAAAGCCCUAGACGGCCUCGGUCCAGUAUACCUGAAGGAGCGUCUCCACCCCCAUCGUUCUGCCCAGACACUGAGGUCCAGCGCUGAAGGCCUUCUGGCAGUUCCCUCCCUGUGAGAAGUGAAGCUACAGGGAACCAGGCGGAGGGCCUUCUCGGUGGUGGCACCCGCCCUGUGGAACGCCCUCCCACCAGAUGUCAAAGAGAUAAACAACUACCUGACAUUUAGAUGACAUCUGAAGGCAGCCCUCUUUAGGGAAGUUUUUAAUGUGUGACAUUUUAAUGUAUUCUCAAUCUUUGUUGGAAGCUGCCCAGAGUGGCUUGGGAAACCCAGCCAGAUGGGCGGGGUACAAAUAAUAAAUUUAUUAUUAUUAUUAUUAUUAUUAUUAUUAUUAUUAUUAUUUUCAAAUCCAGCUUGCAGGUUUCCCACAGUUAUCUGAUUGGCUUCUGUGAAAACCGGAUGCUCAGCUAAACCGACCAUUGGCGUCCUAGAAUUGAUGCAAUGGACAAAGUCUGAGUCUCCCUAGCUGCCUGGAAGCUGGCAAUAAUCACUUAGUGAUGAGAGCACUCUGCAUAUGCUCAGAGUCCCCCUUUAUUUCUCUCACACACCUUUCAGGACAAGAGUUCCUGAUUUUGGAGCUGAGCCUUGGAUCAAACAAAGCCCUAGAUUUGGGGUGCCAAGCCGGGACCUCCUCCCCUCCUCCUCCCUUAAGAUUUGAGCCCCUUAGGAGCUGCCCUGUUGCCGCAGCUUCAGCAAAGUCUCCCCCACUUCCCUGGCCCAGAUGCUCCGAGUGCUGUUUAUCCUUCCUGCUGCUGAGCUCUGUUAUUUUAAAAAAAAUUUAUUGCUAUGGAAAAAGAGUGCAAUGCAGAGGGAGCUGGCGCAAGCCAGAACCACCCCUGGGUACUGCCUCAGACUGGCCAGUUAUGUGCGUGGCCUGGCAGGAUGGUCUGAGUCAAUACAGGAUUGCGUCCCAAGCCGGCGGGGCUGUGAGCUUGCAAACGCCAGCUGGGGAGGCAGAACCUCCUGGAGGUUUUCUUUGGCUUUCUCUGGGUGGGAGCUGUUGAUCUCUCUCCUUGCAGAUCCCAGCACAUUGAGUUCCCAGACCCUCCCAGCCAGGUAGCCAGAUAUAAGCAGUCCCAGGCUGGAUCCUUCCCUCUUCACCCUCAGGUUGGCAAGGAGAACAUCACACAGUUGCCCGUGACAUGUUGCAGAAAGACACCAGCCCAGAGGCGCCUCCGGGCAGUCUCUGGGAGACCUGUUUGUUUGCAAAUGUCCCGGCUCAGCUUCCAAAUCCUAGAGGCACAGCAAAAGAGCCAAGAAUCUCAGCAAGACUGCUUUGCUUCUGCCGACCCUGUUAACGGAGAAAUCUGAGGGCUCCCUUGGACAAAAAACAAGGACACCAGCCAGGAAUAGCAGAACAAAAUAGCAGCCAGGAGGCUUGGUCUUGAUUGAAGACUGUCGCGACAGGACUCCCACCUGCCACCAGGUGAAACAGGAUGGUAGCCCCGAACAAAAGAGAACCCAAACUUUUAUUAGCUGCUAAUCCCCAUGUUACACCCCCCCAAACUACAUCACUCAUACAUCACGGUUACAUCAUGAAAGGGGAGGUCUGGUGGCAGGAAUCUGAGCAUCCUGGACCCUGCCCCAUGGUUCCCCUUGCCCUCCACCAAACACCCAUCAAGUGGAACAAAAGAGAUAUUUGCAUUUCCCUGUUUCCCAGCCAAGUUAAUCGCAGCCUUUUGUCUUCAUCUGGGUUUGUUAUUUCUGGAAUGACUACCUGUCUGUCACUCAGGUGUCAGGAUGCCAGGAAUAUCACUCAGGCAGAGGGGCUGCUGAGUAGCUGAGCUCACAUGUUCUGAAGUUUUCCCGGUAAGCCAGUACAUAGAUACAGUUAUCAGUGAAUUCUUACAUUUGGUAUUGUGCAGCAAAGGCCCUUUGAAUAGAUAGGAAGAAACUGUGAUGAAGUGUUUUGUGGGGAUAAAUCACAAAAAUCCCAAAAGUGACUGUGCUGAUUUUGGUAGCGGGCUGCAUGUGCAUGAUAUCUGCUGGAGGGGCAACCCCCCCCAACUUAUACACAAAUUCCUGCAACAGCCCUGAUCCAAUGGUCUCUCCUUAUGUCUUCAAACACGGUAUACGGUGUGGAUGGACAGCUGUGAGUCCAAAAUGACUCCCAGGCUGCGCACCUGGUCCUUCAGAGGCACAGUUACCCCAUUCAGGACCAAGGAGUCCUCCAUACCUGCCCGCCCCCUGUCUCCCAAAACAGUACAGUGGUACCUCUGGAUGCAAAUGGGAUCCGUUCUGGAGCCCCGUUUGCAUCCUGAAGUGAAAGCAACCCGCAUUUGCGCAUGCGCGGGUUGUGAUUCACCUCUUCCGCGCAUGCCUGUGACGUCAUUUUGAGCUGCGAAACCUGGAAGUAACGCGCUCCGUUACUUCUGGGUCGCCGCGGAGUGCAACCCGAAAACGCUCAACAUGAAGCUACUUCAACCCGAGGUAUGACUGUACAUCUGUCUUGUCAGAAUUCAACCUCAAUCUUUUGGCCGCCAUCCAUCCUUAGUUGUUGCUCUUACAACUCAGAUCAUUAUUUUGGGAUGCCAAUGAGGAUAUUCAAGUGGUCAUUUUUCUUACACAGAAACCUGUACGGUUCAGCAAUCUCUUCUAUAGGAUCCCAAGCCUCACUGGGCACAGGAGGCCAAAAAUUGGAAAGGGGACCCAGGGCAUCAUCCAGACUGACCCCCAUCACAAUCUCAUAGUGGUACACUGCCCUGGAUGUUGUUGCAUAGUUUACUGUCGCUGACCCCAUAUUUCCCUCUCUUCCUAUCCAGGUGUCCCUGGCCCUCCUGGCCCUCGAGGAUUCAGAGGCGACGUUGGCGUCAAAGGGCCGACCGGGAGCAGAGGAGCGAAAGGCGACUCCGGGAGCCUGGGGCCACCGGGGCCCCCAGGAGCCCAGGGCCCCCCAGGAAACCCAGGCCCUGCAGGCGAGAGAGGCCUCGUGGGCGCGAAAGGCCUCCCUGGCUUCAAAGGGGCCAAGGGAAGCUUCGGACAAGGGGGCGCCAAAGGGCAAGCGGGCCCCAAGGGCGAUGUGGGGCCCCCAGGGCCUGGGGGGCCACCGGGACCAGCUGGACCUCCUGGGCUGCAGGGGAAGCCGGGAAUCCCAGGGAAAAUGGGGCCGCCGGGCCCAAUCGGGCCGACCGGGCCAAAAGGGGACCCUGGGAUCCAGGGGCGGCCGGGGUUACCAGGGCCCCCGGGGCCCCCGGGAAUAUGAGCAGUUCCUUUGUCCCCCGUACAAAAGGGGGGGUGGUAGAUGUGUUGGAGGUGGGCAGGCGGACAGACUCUUUUUGACUGCAGGCAGCUGCCCCCCACAUCCAUGGAAGGUCCCACCACCCCAGCUCCUGCCCUCAUUUAUUCUGCACAGUUCGGGGCACCGUUUGCAGCAGCUUUGGGGAAACUGGAGAACCAUCCAAGGCGAAGAGUUGCAGCUGCUAAACUCCGGCCACCCUCCCGCCUCGUGUCAAGCACCUACUUUGCCUGCCACACACACACACACCCAGCCCAUGACCACUGAGAUCGAACCGCUAAACAGAUCCCCAGAUCCCUGGCUAUUUGCCCUUCCAAAGACUACUUUGGAAGUGAGCCAGUGUGGUGUAGUGGUUAAGAGUGGUGGACUCGUAAUCUGGGGAACCGGGUUCGCGUCUCCGCCCCUCCACAUGCAGCUGCUGGGUGACCUUGGGCCAGUCACACUUCUUUGAAGUCUCUCAGCCCCACUCACCUCACAGAGUGUUUGUUGCGGGGCAGGAAGGAAAAGGAGAAUGUUAGCCGCUUUGAGACUCCUUCGGGUAGUGAUAAAGUGAUCAAAUCCAAACUCCUCCUCUUCUUCUUCUUCUCCUUUGGUCAACCUAUGUGUGAGCCAGGGAAAGAUGCAAGGGUGUUUUCCAUUGCAGUGGAAGAGCAAAAUUUGUACAUGUGUGUCUGGGCCUGGGGGUUAACCCGAGCCACGCGGUCCAGAUCCAGUCCCAAAUCCAAGGAUUCUGCGAGAAGUCAGUCCGACAGGACCAAGGCAGGAAACCAGGCAGGGUCAGGCACAGGAUCACAGGCAGGUUCUGGCAAACAGCAAUGUUGCUCCCGCAACCUGGGGCAGGGUCCAUCAGCCUUUUAUCUUUGUCGGGGUAGCGGCCGGUCCUGAUCCCACAGCGACUCACCUCCCUGUCUUCCCCAAAGGCGAGCACUCAGGUCUCUCCUUCUCUCAGACCUGAGUCUCUGCAGCUCGGGAGACGUCGAUGGGUUACUAGACCCAGGGCCGCCUCAGCCUCCCCUGACCCAACUGGUAGAGGAGCAGCUGUAAGCGAUGGCCCAGCUGGAGGCAACGAGGUCAUCCCCGCAUCUGGAGCCAGGGCAGGCUCAGGCCCCGGACUCGGCCCAGCUGGUGUUUGCUGCAGGGGAACCUGUGCAGACUGGGGCUCUUCAGGAUCAGGCCCCAGACUUGGUUCAGAUGAUGCCUGAGGCAAAGGAUCCGGUGCGGACCAAGACUUCUCUGGUUCUGAGUCCGAGCCCGAGUCCCAGGCCAUCGCAAUGUGUAGAUUUGGGUGUGUGCAUAUGUGCAUGUGAAAGGGUGCCACCUUUUCCCCUUGCCCUGCUCCUGCGCCUUUUAGCAGCAGCCCAACACAUAAAAACACAUUGUUAAACUAUGGAACUCCCUUCCACUGGAGAUGGCCACCAACUUGGAUGGCUGCACUGUCAGAGGCAGCGAUGCUUCUGAACACCAGUUGCUGGAAGUCGCAGGACGGGAGAGGGCUCUCAUGCUCGGAUCCUGCUAACAGCCUUCCCAUUAAGGUAUCUAGUUGGCCUCUUUGAGAACAGGAUUCUGGACUGACCUGACCCAGCAGGCUCUUCUUAGCUGGCGAUACUCUUCCUCCCUCCUGCUGCCAUGGGAGGAAAAGCCUUAGCUGCUACAUUUCCAGAUGCGGGUUGUUGCAGAAAGCAGAAGAUCAGGGCAGGCGGCACAGAUGUUCAGCGCUCCUGGUAGAACAUCUGCAGGCUGUUUCCCACGAUUCCCGUUUCUCCCACAGCAGCAGAAAAGGAGAGCCGGUUAGGACAGGCCGUAGUUCAUUGGUAGAGCCCAGGCUUUGCAUGCAGAAGGUGGCCUCAGGUUUGAUCCCUGGACUCGCCAGUUGAAAGGCAACAGAUCAGGGAUGGGUGUCUUGCUUUGCACAAGACCCUUUUAGGCAGAGCUGCUGGCCGUCAGAGUAGCCAGCCACACUGCAAGGCAGGUUUGGAGAUGGCCUCGUCAAUCAUAAGGGGGCAGAGCAGCUGCCUUGAGUGCAGAAGGCCUUGGGUUGAACCCCCAACAGUAUGUCCAGGUAGAGGGGGGAGAGACUCCCAUGAACCCAAUGGCCUUCCUCUGUUGGCUGGAAUCACAGAAUCGUGGGACGGAACUGCAGAGUUGGAAAGGACCCUCCAAAGGCCAUCUAGCCCAACCCUCUGCAAUGCAGGAAUUGCAGCUGAAUAAUCCCCAACAGGUGGCCACCCAGCCCCUGCUUAAAAGCCUCCAGUGAUGUCCUGAGGAGGCUGAUCUGUGACUCUCCAGGGACUCAGCCAGAGGAGAGUUUUUCCUCCAGAACCUUCUGGAGAUCCUGCCAGAGAUUGAACCCGGAAUCUUUCACGUGGAGAGGCUACAGAAUUCUGUCUGAACUUCUGGGCUGGAUCCACAGAACCGUGUUCUAGCCUCUCUCACCUUCGCACAGUGAACACCCCCGUUUCAGGAACUGGUGCCCCACCACCUGCAGGUCUGCCAGGCAGUGUGCCAACAUGCCAGCUCUGGCUGAGGAAGGCCGUGGUGGGCUGGAGGCAGCUGCAGACGCCCCCAAAAGGGCAUGCGUGCGCCCCACAAUCCCAAAAGGUGCCCCCAAGGUACCUUCUGCAGCGAAGCAAAGGACUGUGGGGUGCAAGCUCAUUCACCCUCCAAAAUAUUGUCGCCCCACAAGGCGGCCCGUUCUUGCGACAGCCGUGCGUGUGUUGUGAGGAUCGGUUGCAGUGCUUCCCGUCGCGUGCGUGUUGCGUUGUUUCUGUGCGCCCGUUCCAUGGUGCAGCUGGUUUGCGUCAUCAGUCCCCCGCCGAAGUGUAACCCUGGUAUCCAUGUACCAUGUAACAGCAGCCACAUGUAUAAUUUCCAGACCAAUAAAGAUACGGAUGUACAAGUC